AUGAUUGCAGUCGAUUGUCGACUGCUCUUCGCCAAAUUCACUGUCUUGGAGCGAAGCGCACCUUCCGACACUUCCAGAGCUGAAGAGCUGCUGACAAGCGCAAUAGAGCAGCUUGAAGAAGCAAGACAGAUAACCCUUUCAAACCCAAGGACAGCGCACAAGAUUGCUGAAAUCGAAGAGGUCGAGACAAUGCUUCGCGAGGACACAUUCUACACCAUCGUUACAAGUGCAGAAAUGCAGGCUGUCUACGAUGCAAUGGCUCAAGAUUUCUUGGGGACUGGUCACUGGUACUACUGUGUCAACAGACAUCCAUUCACAGUCGGAGAAUGCGGCGCGCCUAUGGAAAAUGCUCUAUGCCCAGAGUGCGGUGCACCUGUGGGUGGCGAAAGUCACGAGUUUGCAGAAGGCAUUACGCGAGCGACGGCCCUUGAGCAGCAAUUUGGUGGAAUGAGGUUGUGA